CGGGAGGGGAGUAAUGGCGAUGAGGAGCGCCAGUGCUGUGCUCGGGUUACACAGGCGGAGCGGCAGCAGAGCAGCAGGGCGGCCGCGCUGACUGCGGGCACCGACACGCGCUCUCUCCGCUGCACAAAGAGCCGGAGCUCCGGGGGACCGGACCGGACCGGGCAGAGCGGCGGCACGGGGAGCGAAAAUAAUAAUAAUAACAAUAAUAGUGAUAGGAGAAGAAGGAGCUGAUCAGUGAGGAGCCAUCCUCAUCCUCAUCACACAGGCUGUCAUGUCCUCAUCCUGGGGCUGCAUUUAAAAACAGUCCUGGAGAGAGAGAGAGAGUGUGUGUGUGUGUGUGUGUGUGGCAGCUGCAGGUUUGGGUCAAAGCCAGGAGCAGAACCAGAGCACAGAUUUAACCAGGAGGAGGAGAUCCUCCUCCUCCUCCUCGUCCUCAGUAGUGUGAGUGAGGUAAAGUAGGAGAGCAUGUGUCCUGGGCUCGGGGUGAGUGGGAGCUCCUUCUCUGCUCAGCACCUUCAGCAGGAUCUGUAGGAGGAGGUCCAUGAGGAGCUCCAUGAUGUUCUCAGUGCGCAUUGUGUGUGCAGAUUAUUACCUGUCCAGGCCUCUGCCCCUGCUGGAUGUGUGUUUCUCGCAGUUCAGAGACUCGGAGGUGCACAGGGUUCCUGUAGUGCGGAUAUUCGGGGCCACACCGGCAGGCCAGAAGACGUGUCUGCACGUGCAUGGUGUGUUCCCGUACAUCUACGUGCCCUACGAUGGGUUUGGGCAGGAGCCAGAGCGUUACCUGCACCAGGUGGCCUUCAGCAUCGACCGCGCUGUCAACGUCAGCAUGGGGAACCCGUCCUCUCACACACAGCACGUCUUCAAGGUCACACUCGUCUCUGGGAUGCCGUUUUAUGGGUUCCAUCCUGAGGAGAAGCCGUUUAUGAAGAUUUAUCUCUACAACCCUCAGAUGGUUAAAAGAGUGUGUGAGCUGCUGCAGGGCGGAGCCGUGAUGAAUAAGUGUUUCCAGCCUCAUGAAGCUCACAUCCCGUUCCUGCUGCAGUUCUUCAUCGACUUCAACCUGUAUGGCAUGAACCUCGUCCACCUGUCAGCGGUGCGCUUCAGAGCCCACACACCAGACCCCGGCGAGCAGUGUAAGAGUCCUGUAGAGGAUGAGGUCACACUGAAAAGCUCCAGACUCAGUGAGUGUGUGUUGGGAGGAACAUUCAGUCGGUGGGAUGAGAAGAAUUUACCCAGCUCUCUGGUGUUGGACGAUGUGGCGAGGGUGAGUGUGUGUGAGCUGGAGGCCGACGCUGUAGCAGCAGACAUCCUGAACCGAUUGGAGAUCGAGAAUCAGAUCGGAAGGAAUCCUGGCCUGCAGGCCAUCUGGGAAGAUGAGAAGCAGAGACGCAGGGAGAGGAAUGAGAGCUCAGAGAUACAAACACCUCAGUCUCAGGAUCGUCUGUGUGUAGAGCUGGUGGAGAGCGAGCGGUUCUUCAUGAAGAGAUUGAAGGAGAAGCUAAGAGAGAACCAGUUUGAUGUGACACAAAGUGACGUUGUAGAUGAUGAUGAUGAUGAUGAUGAUGAUUUCCCUGACCUCUCACUUCACCCUGAUGAUCUGAAUCCUGGUGAGCUGCCAUUGGUACUUGCCAGCCAGGUGGAGGUGCACAAAGAUAUGCCUGCAGACAAUAAAAGGGCUGAUGGCAAAGCUGCAGAAGUGGCUGUUGUGGAUGAAGAGGCCAUUCUGAGCUUACUGGAGAGCAGUCAGACCUUCCUGCCCAUGUCUCAAAAGUCCAACAAAUCCUUUAUUCUCGAUAACAGCCAGGAUCAGGCGAUGGUGGACUUUCUCGAGGGACUCGCAGAUCAUGGAUUUCAAAAAGAAGUGCCAAUAACAGCUCCCCGUCAGGAGUUAUCUGGAAGUAUUAGCUGCCCCUACAACAGUGACGAGGAAGAGGCGGUGCCUGAGCUCGAGAAGGAGGAGGCAGAGCUAAGCAUGAUGAUGUCGCAAAGAUGGGAUACUGACAUUCCAGAACCAUCGACUCGACGGUUAGGGAAGGAAGCAAAUGAAAGCUCCAGUGACGAAGAGCACGAGUUGUCUGAGGAAGAGAUGGACUGGAAUGGAAAUGACGACCUUUUUGCUGAUCUGUCCAUUCCCCAACUGGAUGGGGCUGCAGACGAGAACAGUGAUUCAUCAUUAUCUGACAAAGGAUCCCGAACUCACUCAUCACUUACUGCUAACGAUAAGAUGUUGGGCAGGAAAAAUCACUUCCAGAGUGACACUGUUCACCUAGAGCCCCCAUGCUCAGCUAAAAUCCUUCUUGAGUGCAAACACCCUGAGCAUAGACAGUCCCUGUCGCUUGAUAAGGAGGAACCAGCUGACAAGAACCUUCCUGAUAAAAGCCAAGAGGCGAGUGAACCAUUAACAGGGCUCAAAGUGAAUAAAGACAUCCCUUAUAUCCCACCAGUCAAGCACCCAAUUCUGUCAAAUAUGUCCCAGAUUGGUGCUGACAGAGUGGGCGGCCACCUGCUUCACACCGACGAGAACAAAGCCGUAGAUGUUAACCAGCCAAAUCCAGAGAGUUUGAGUUUUGGUGCCUCAAAACUCUCCCAGAGCCACAAAAAGUACAGUAGCAUCAAAAAUGCUGAGAAUAAUCACAUUUCUGUCCUGCAGAAUCACAGUUUUUCCUUGUCUUAUUCUGAGCUUAGAAACUGCCCCCCUAAAGCCGAGCUUGAGAAAAGUGCAAAAGACUCUAGAACCUCCCCUGUACUGAGGAAUUUUGAGCAAGCUCCAAGUUCAGUGAAAGACCUUGAGUGUGUGGUACUUCAGGAGGGUAAAAAGGAACAAGAAAGUGAAGAGGGCGAUGUUGGGGAGCUUAAGAUAAGAUAUGAAGACUACCAAGAGAACAAAACGGAACGGAAAAUAGUGACCCAGCAGGAGGCACACUACAAAUUCUUUCCCAGUGUUAUUCUUUCAAACUGCCUUUCAAGGCCUGUAAAGAAGCAGGUUGGAAGUAAGACGAUUGAUGGUGGUUGUAGCUUGGAUCAUCUAGAACAAAAAAGAUCAAGAAUGAAAUUAAGCAAGAAAAGGCACAGUCCAGUGAGUCCAAAGAGGGCAAGUUUGACUGAAAGUUCCCAAACUUCAAAAAAUGAGGUUACCGCAGGGUUUACCCCAAUCACACCAGUCCAACCAAGCAAGGAAAUAGAAGAGGCUGUUGAGAUGGAAACCUCUGACCUUGCAAAAUCUGAAAUUUUACCUGCAGCAUCAGCUGAAGGUUCUGUUCAGGAAAGUCUGACCAUUCUUCCUGACAAAAUAGCUUGCACGGAGGCAUCUAGUUUACCUGGCAGCAAGUAUACCUUGCGCACAAAACGUAAAAUGAUGAAUUACGACAGUGAGGAUGGGGAUCACUCAAGUCCUUCUCCUUUCAAACAAGCCUUGUCACAUCAAGACAGCCUUAAAGAAAACGGUUUUAUUACCAGUAGUCGAAAAAAGAGGAAAUUGUCCAAAAAAGAACCACCAGUCAUCAUCAAAUACAUCAUAAUCAACAGGUUUAAAGGCCAGAAGAACAUGUUGGUAAAGAUGGCCAGGGUCAAAGGAGAUGAGCCACAAGUGGUACUAACACCAGAGAAGCUUGAGCAUUAUGAUAAACUUGCCCCUCUGAAAGACUUCUGGCCCAAGGUUCCAGAGUCGACCGCUGUCAGAUACCCUGUUCCUGAACCAAAGGUAAAGAAGCACCCCAAACGGAAGGCCAAGGUUACACCACAAUCGGGGAAACUCUGCAACCUUCCAAAAACAAGUUUGGUAAAAGGCAGCAAGAUCAGCAGGACUAAGAAGGUUAAAAUGUUAUCGCUGUCUGCUCCUAGUCCUUGCUAUAAUGAUCUCACUGAUGACUUCUGCAAGGAGUAUUCCGAUGUGAUGAUGGAUUUGGGUUAUCUCUCUGAGAGAGCAUCCAGUCCUACUGAUUCAACCCCACCUCGAUGCUGGUCUCCUACUGACCCCCUUUUAGAAUCGAUGUCUAAUACUUGUUUGAUAAACUCUCAUAAUGAUCCUUGUCUUGGCAUGCCAUAUGAAGCCUUGUCCAGGAACCGCUGUAGCAGUAGGGGCAGGACAUCAAAACCAAGGAAGCCUUCUGGCGCUAGCCCAAAACGAAAAACUAAAACUACUGUUAAGCCUUCUGAAGGUGAAUCUGCAAUACUUGGAGAUAUGCAAACAAAAAACAGCCGUAGAAAUUCAAGAAAACCAAAGAAGUUCAUUGAUGAUGGGGAAGAAACUGACAAUAGCAGAUCUGCUCCUCAGAAAGCCAGGAGGUCUUGCAAGAAGAACCAGGUAGACAGGUUGGAAAGGUCCUCUGCAGGAUCUCUAAAUAGUUUGCAGUCUUUGUUUCCAACUGAUGAUGACCUUCCACCAACACAAACUCCAUCUGAUGAUUUGACUCCCUAUCAGCAUCCAUGUUCUUGCCAAAGCAUUCUUCAGGUCAGUAGUGAUUGUCAAGCACUACCAUGUACCACUGAAGCAAAGUCAGAGUUGGUCCAGUCAAGCAUUGGAGAUGGACUGGUCAUCAGUGUCCCUGCUUCACGACAACAAGGUUCUCGGUCUUCUCAGAACGCUGCUAAUCUCUCAGCUGAGAAGACCACUGGAUUUCCGUGCUCGGUCAUAAAACAUAGUAACUCCAGCCCAAGUUCAGUCACUAUAAGUGGAGAUGGAGCCAGUCUGUAUGAAUUUAAAACUGAGUCUUAUGGUGGAGAACAAACCUCUAAAGAUCUUCAUUAUUCACAGCCAGACCCAAAGAUGCCUGCCAAACCCAGGAGACGUCAAUCCAAAAAGAAGUUAGAAACCCCUACUGUACAAACUCCUGAGAUUACGACAUCCUUGAAUGUUUUAACACAUGGACCUCAAAAAGAUCUUGCUGAAGUUCAGUCAGUGCCAAAGAAUGGAGCAAUGCCAGUUCAUCCAGAGAUGCCUUCUGGCAUUGCAGUCUUGAAGGCACUGCUCCAGAAAAGACAGUUUAAGGAAGGCCAGUGCUCUCAGGGAGAUAAAUUAUUAAACAGAGUUUGUAACACUAAACACGCCUCCGAUGCAGCAAAACCUAGAAGGGCAUCUUCAGCGACACCAAGGAAGCCCAGAAUCUCGAGAACUCGGGUGCCAAAAGAGUCUAAGCCAAGAAGUAGAAAAGGAAAGCAUGGCAAAACGGAAGACUGCAUUCAAUUGGAACCUCCGCUUUCAGAUGGGAGUCCUGUGUUUUUGUCUGAUCCUGGUUUUGACAGUUCCUACUCCAUUGAGGAUAGCUUGUCUCCUGAGGUUCCUCAUAAUUACAGUUUUGACAUCAAUGCUGUUGGCCAGGCUGACUUCUCUAGUCUUUAUUCCAGUAGCCAAUUUGUUUUAACAGACAAGAACUUGCCUCAGAAGUUCCUCAGUGAUCUCAAACAGGAACCAGUGCCCUCUCUGGAUUUGGAAAACGGGCAAGAGAAGGUCCUAGAUGUUGUGGAGAACCACAUUCACGAAUCGGAGGGGCCAGUUAGUCCUGAGCUCUUUGAUAGAGCCACUGGUAGAGACCGCGAAGGGUUUUCAAAGGAGUUCUGUCUGUCUCUGCUGGACCCUGAGAAGGUUUUGAUAAACAGACAUUGGGGCAUUUCAUUGGCUAAAAUACAUGGCAGCCACUUUCAAGACUUUCACUGUGAGAAAAGUGACCUGUUGUUAGGUCCUGACCACUUCUUACCCCUUACAUCUGUCUCCUUUGCUGAUAAUGGUGUGUCCCCAACAGGGGAUUUGCUGGAUGGUAGUGAGGUUUUUACAUCAACAACUCCCAGCAGUUCACCGCGGUCUAUCAGCUCUCUUUCACAAAUAAGGAGUGGCAGUCAGGCUCAGAAGAAUGCAGGAGUUCAUAUCCUCAAGCCCCUAAUGUCCCCUCCUAGUCGGGAAGAGAUUCUUUCCACCCUGCUGGAGCUGGAGCUUUCAGAGGCCACCUAUCAAGAACCUUUCUGCAGCGACCCCUCUGAUGUACCUUUGAGACCGAGAGAGAUUGCUGGAUGCAAGCUAAUUCUGGAAACAAGAUUAGCAAAGGAUUUGACAGAGUUUGUUGGUGGUUUAUCACAAGAAGGUCUGCAGUUCUGGAAAACCGCGUUCUCUGCCAUGACACGCCCAGGGUCUUCACCUUCCCGUGGCACUGACUCCUCAAACUUGACCAAAGACAAAAAGGAACGGUGCAGUUUGUCCCCUACUGGUGGUCAGAAGGUAAUUCUCCUGCCUUGCAAAAGUGCUCCAAGCCGGGAACGAGUACAACUAUGGCUGCAAGCUAAGAGACAAUUUGAGUGCCUUCAGAGAGAUCGGAAAAGAAGACUAUGUGCACAAAAUGUGAUGUCAGUACAGGACAAGAAUAAAUCACCCCACCAUGAGGAAGUAGGAAGCUUUUUGCCUCUCUCUCAAAGGCAGGGUGAGGUGUCUGAAAAGGUGUCUGCAUUGCAGACUCUUAGGAAGAACAAGUUAACUCUGCUUCUCGGCACAUCUCCGGUAGAGGCAGGCAUCUCCAACAGCAGUCCAAAGGAGGUGAAAUGUGCCAUGGAGGAUGAAACUGGAGGGCAAGUGGAGGGAGAUGGGAACUCCUUCAUGCAGACUCAAUCUCCAGACCCUUCCUGUCUGCCACCAUGGCAGCAAAUGUCAGACAACAAGAACCUGGAACUGAGCGUUGGACCCGUGUCCCCCACACUUGGCAGCUCCAUCGAUCCUCUCUCACCAGAAAACAUUAAACCAAAGCAGUUUCUCAGUCCGUCGCCAUUUCCUACAAGAGACCCCGAUGGGGAGAGUUCAAGUCCCUCCCUCCUCCACAGCACCCCCAUCCUCAGCAAGAGGAGAAACAAAGGAGUCCAUGAGCUUGACUGUAGUCCUGGAUCAGAAGAUGUGGAGCCAAAAUCUCGGAGACUCCAGCAAAGACGAAACAGCAACACGAGUGCGUUACGUAGAGUACUGCUCACGACACAAAUGAAGAAUCAGUUUGCUGGUCUGAAUGAACCCAAAGGGGAUAACUCUCAGAUUGAGGGGCCAUCGCUGUGCAACUCGUACGGGUUUAAAGUCGGCAAGCAGAACCUACAGGAAGCUAAAGCGCUGCAUGAGGUGCAGCACCUAACAGUGAUGAGUUUGGAGCUGCACGCCCGAGCACGCCGUGAUUUGGAGCCUGACCCUGAAUUCGACCCUAUUUGUGCCUUAUUUUACUGCCUUAGCUCUGAUGGUCCGCUUCCUGAAUCUGAGAGGAAACGGAUAACCGGCGCUGUCGUUGUCGAUAAAGACUGUCGCUCCUCAGGACAGGGCUCGAGGAGCACAGCGCCCCUACUGGUCAGGUCUGGAGUUGCGGAUCUGCAGGUUGUUUACACUGUGGAUGAAAACGAGCUGUUUGAGGAAAUCUGCAAAAUGAUGAGAUUGUAUGAUCCUGAUAUUCUGGUUGGUUAUGAGGUUCAGCUGUGUUCUUGGGGUUACCUGUUACAGCGAGCAUCAGCACUCGGCAUGGAUCUGUGCCAACAACUUUCCCGAGUGCCAGGUGAUGCGAAGGAGAACCGCUUCACUGAGGAUAAAGACGAGUACGGCAGUGAGGUGAUGACGGAGAUCCACAUCGUUGGGCGCAUCACCAUCAACCUGUGGAGGAUCAUGAAGACCGAGGCAGCGUUGAAUAAUUACACCUUUGAAAAUGUGGCGUUUCACUUGCUGCACCAGCGCUUCCCUCUGUACACACACCGCACGCUCUCUGACUGGUUCGACCACAAGACGCACCUGUACAGGUGGAAGGUGGUGGACCACUACAUGAGCCGUGUGUGUGGUGUGAUGCAGCUCCUGCAGCAGAGGGAUGUUGUGGGUCGCACUAGUGAGUUUGCACGAGUGUUUGGGAUUCAGUUCUAUCACGUCCUCACACGAGGCUCUCAGUACCGUGUGGAGUCGAUGAUGUUGCGCAUCGCUAAGCCGUUGAACUUCAUCGCGGUGAGCCCGAGCGUGUCCCAGCGAGCCCAGCAGAGGGCGCCUCAGUGUGUUCCUCUGAUCAUGGAGCCCGAGUCGCGGUUCUACAGUAACUCAGUGCUGGUGCUGGACUUCCAGUCUCUCUACCCGUCUGUCAUCAUCGCCUACAACUACUGCUACUCCACCUGCCUCGGCCACGCCCACAGCCUCGGAACGUCUGAUGAGUUUAGGUUUGGUUGUACGUCUCUGCGAGUUCCUCCUGAUCUUCUCUAUCAGCUCCGUAAUGACAUCAACAUCUCUCCGAAUGGAGUCGCCUUUGUUAAGGCCUCUGUGCGUAAAGGUCUGCUUCCCCGGAUGCUGGAGGAGAUCCUACACACGCGUUUGAUGGUGAAGUCGGUGAUGAAGUCGUACAGUGGUGACGAAGCUUUGCUCCGCCUCCUUGAUGCUCGUCAGCUCGGCCUCAAGCUCAUCGCUAACGUCACCUUUGGCUACACAGCUGCAAACUUCUCCGGACGCAUGCCCAGUGUGGAGCUUGGAGACAGCAUCAUACACAAAGCCAGAGAGACGCUGGAGAGAGCCAUAAAACUCGUCAACGACACCAAGAAGUGGGGGGCACGCGUGGUGUACGGGGACACGGACAGUAUGUUUGUGGUGUUGAAGGGGGCGACUAAAGAGCAGGCGUUUAAGAUCGGCAGUGAAAUUGCUGAAGCGGUGACGGCCACCAACCCCAAACCCAUCAAACUCAAGUUUGAGAAGGUGUACCUGCCGUGUGUGUUACAGACUAAGAAGCGCUAUGUGGGCUACAUGUACGAGUCUGUGAAUCAGAAGGAUCCUGUGUUCGAUGCUAAAGGCAUUGAGACGGUACGCCGUGACGGCUGUCCUGCUGUUGCUAAGAUCCUGGAGCGAUCGGUGAAGCUGCUGUUCGAGACGAGGGACAUCUCCCUGGUCAAGCAGUACGUACAGAGGCAGUGUGUGAAAGUUCUGGAAGGCAGAGUGACCGUACAGGACCUGACUUUUGCUAAAGAGUACCGCGGCAGCGCCUCCUACAGACCUGGAGCCUGCGUACCUGCACUCGAGCUCACCAGGAGAAUGAUGGCACACGACCGUCGUCUGGAGCCGCGGGUCGGUGAGCGUGUGCCGUACGUCAUCGUGUACGGUUCUCCUGGGGUUCCUCUGAUCCAGCUGGUGCGUCGCCCCCUGGAGGUUCUGCAGGAUCCUGCGCUGCGCCUCAACACCACCUACUACAUCACCAAACAGAUCCUCCCCCCCCUCGCUCGCAUCUUCAGCCUGAUCGGGGUCGACGUGUUCAGCUGGUACCACACCCUGCCCCGGGUGCAGAAGUGGUCUUCGUAUCCAGGGGGAGGCGCUGUAGGGGACGAGUCUCUGAGGAAGGGGACGAUCUCGCAGUACUUCACCACGCUGCACUGCCCGGUGUGUGAUGAGCUCACUCAGCUGGGAGUGUGUGAGCGCUGCAGGGCCGAACCUCAGCGUGUCGCCGUCACACUGCAUCACAACCUCCGAGUGUGGGAGCAGCAGCAUGACCAGCUCCUCAAGGUGUGUAUGAGCUGCAGUGGAAGUGCAGACAGACAGGCGGUGUGUGUGUCUCUAGACUGUCCUGUGUUGUAUAAACUCUCCCGGGUGAACAGACAGCUCCACAGCGCCCCCUACUUACGACAGCUACUGCAACAACUCUAGCACCACCUGUCUGUCUCUAUCUGUCUGUUUCUCAGUAUAAAACGGUGCUGUGUGUGUGUGCGCGCUGCAGUGGUGCUUUUAUAAAUCAGAUUGCAGUUUUGCAUGUGUGUGUGUGUGAGUUUAUAGCAUAUGCUGUCCAAUCAGAAACAUCUCAGCAAGUACAGGCCCCGCCCCUUGUGUGUACACUGGAGUCUGCUGGAGGGGAAGUAAAAAAAAUUUUUUUUAAAUUUUUUUUUAAAUAAUUAUCUCCUUUUCCUGAUUUGUGUGUUUCAGUCGCUCUGUAAGUGUUUAUAACGUAUCAAAGCUCUCCGAUGGUGAGUCGAGUCCUGCUUGAGUGCCGUCUUCAUGUUAACGAUGUUGAACUGUGUGUAAAUAAACGCUGUAAAGUGACCACACGACUGACACGGGGUUUAAACGAUGACGAAACCCGUCUUUUUAAGGGUCUGAUGUUUUGGACGGAUUUGAUACAGUAUUAUAAUCGAUCAUUUCAUAAAAUGGCUGAAUGUGUAAAUAGCGUUUUAAAGAAAAAGAACUAAAACACAAUGGGAGGGUUUGGGUUUUUUUUUUUUUUUUUUUUGUAACGUCCAGUUUCGGAGUUUUUUGUUUCGUCGGUGUGGUUUUACAGAGAACACUAAAUACAGCGUUUUUAAAAACAGACAUUUUUAUGCUUUGUGUAAACUGUGUGUCGGUGAGUCGUGAAAAGAAAAGAAAAGAGAAACACGGUGCGUUUCUGUAAACUUGUACAAAGUUUGUGUUUGGGGAUUUUGUUUUUUAGAUGGAUUUUGUUGGAAUAAAAUGUGAUGCAUUUGAGUGGA